CUUACCUUCCUGGCGCGGAAAUGUGAAAAAGUUUCUGCUUCAUUUUAGGCUGAUCGUCCGCGAUGUUUGCUAAUAUGAUGAAAAGGCAAAGUUGUUUCCUUUGAUCAGACGUCCAGCUCGCUGCUGAAUAUCGAUGAACACGCAGAUAUGCUCCAAAUAAAGUAAUGUAAAGCUGUUUGGGUUUAUACUGUGAGAAGUUAGCGCCGAGGUUUAGCCGCUGCUGUCAUUCCCUUUGCUAGCUGACCAACAAUGAGCUCCUCACGGGAAAUCAAGCAGCUGCAAAAAGCUAAAAGUAAAGCUCAGGCUAACAACAACUUUAAGGAAGAGGCUAAUAUCUGCAACCAGUUGGGAGAGCUGCUCUCCAGGAACGGUAAAUAUGAGGCUGCCAUCGAGGAACACAAGCAGGAGCUGGCUCUCUCCGAGGUGCUGAAUGAUGUGAUCGGACGGGCCGUUGCGCAUCGCAAGAUCGGGGAAUGCUACGCUGAGAUGGGCAACAUUGAAGCAGCUCUCAAGCACCAGCGCUGUCACUUGGACCUGGCCCGCUCCGUCAGCGAUCAUGCAGAGGAGCAGAGAGCUCUGGCCACUAUUGGUCGAACCUUCCUGUUUCGGUACGAAUCUGAUCAAUCUAGAAACACCUUAAAGCAGGCAGAGGACGCUUUCAGGAAGAGCUUGGCCGUUGUGGACGAUCGACUAGGUGGGACUGUUCCUGAGAGGGAGAUUAAUGAGAUGAAGGCUCGUCUCUAUCUCAACCUGGGUCUGGUCUGUGAUCAUCUGGGGGAGCACAAACGCUGCAGCGAGUUCAUUCGGCGUAGUGUUUUUAUCGCAGAGAGAAGCCAGCUGCUGGAGGAUCUUUACCGGGCAAACUUCAACCUGGGCAACAUCUACUUCCGUAACCUGGAGCCCUCCAACGCCGUGCGCUGCUUGGAGCAGGCCAAAGAAUGCGCCAGGAAGAUGAAAGACAAGUUCAGUGAGAGCGAGUGCUUCCACUGCAUCGGCAAGGUGCAGCUUACUCUUGGUGAUUUCGUAGCAGCCAGACGAUCUCUGAAGAAGGCCCUGCUUCUCGGGUCACAGCAGGAGGCUGACAAAACGGCUGUGAAGAAAUCUUUCAAAUACGCUGAUAAGGGUUGUAAACUAGAGGAGGAGCUGUCAGAGGAUCAGGGCGGCAGGCUGGGCUCCCAUCAGAGCGUGGAGCUGUCCGAGCAGCUGGGCGAUCUUUGCUGUAAAGUGGGAUGCUACAGCAAAGCUCUGGAGGCCUAUCGGGCUCAGCUGAAGGCUGCUGAAGCUUUGGGGAAACCUGCACGGGAGCUGGCUGUCAUCCACGUGUCCCUGGCUGCCACCUACACAGACCUGAGGCAGCACAGCAGAGCAGUGGAGCACUACAGGAAGGAGCUCGCUCUGCGCCAGGGCAACCUCACCGAGGAGUGCAGCACAUGGCUGAACAUUGCGGCAGCUCAGGAGGAGAGUGGAUGCAUGUUGGAGGACAUCGAAAGCAGCUACAGGUCGGCCCUAAGCUGUGCACAGGCGUCAGGACAAGCCAGGCUUCAGAAACGAACGCUGCGGCUCUGGCUGGCGUCCCAGAGACGGCGCAGCUCGGUGAAUGCUGAUGAGACCGAGGCGAGGUUGCACGAGCUCUGCUCCUCAGAGGGCUGGGAUCCAGAGGGGAGUGAUGGAGAGGAGGAUGCAGAGGAGGAGAUGGACAACAGCGAACCUCUAGACGACAGUGAUGUCGUUCUGUCAGACUCAGAUGAUGAUUUGGAGGGUUAUGACAAGAUGGUGUCUGGAAGGAGGAAGACAGGAAGGUGGAACAAGAGGAAUGAAAAGGGAGAGACGUCCCUCCACAGAGCAUGUAUAGAUGGGAACCUGAAGCAGGUCCAGUACCUGGUGGAACAGGGUCACCCAGUGAACCCCAGGGACUACUGCGGAUGGACUCCCCUGCAUGAAGCCUGCAACCACGGUCACUAUGAUAUUGUAGCAGUUCUGUUGGAGCGCGGCGCUAACAUCAACGACCCCGGCGGGCCGCUCUGUGAGGGAGUGACCCCCCUGCAUGAUGCACUCGCUUGUGGAAAUCUCAAAGUUGCUCAGCUGCUGGUGCAGCGAGGGGCUUCUGUCACGAUUCGCAAUUCUAAGGGAGAGACUCCAAUGGACACCCUGCGCCACUGGCAGCGGACUUACAGGAGAGAGCUGGACGAGGAGACGAGGCAAGAAUGUCUCUUUACAGAGAGGCUGCUGAAGAAGUCAGCUGCAGGAGGAAUUCCUGCUGCCCCCGCUGCAGCCAAGCCCUUUGAGGCCCUGCAGGACAGCCAGCUGUUUGACGCAGAGAACUCUGAGCCUCUGACGCCCGCUGGAGGGGGCUCCUCCUCUAACCCGGACCGACCCAGAAACGGCGACACGUCUGAGGGGAAACGCGCAGCAGGCAGUCCCAGACAGUGGUCAAGCGGUGGCUCGUCGCAGCGCCACAAAGUGCGAGGGACAGAGGGCCCUGUUUUAUACGGGAUUACCAGCAGCAGCUCAGAUGACAGCGACUCAGAUGCUCCGGUCAGUCCUCUCCGCCCUGUCCGUCCCAGAAACGCUUUCCCAGCAGCGCCGACUCAAAGGGACAAUCCCUCUAACAAGGAGCCUCUGCGGCCCCCCAACUCCUCUGGGGAGGGUAACAGGGAGGCCCCGGCGACAUGCGUCUUCCAACGAGACGAUUACCAUAGCACCAUUCGCAGCUUGGGCAGCUCCAAAACUCUUCGUCAGGGUCUUUCACAGCCUCAGUUCUCCAGCACGCCUGCUGUUUCAUCCACCAGCAGAUCCGCUCUGGUUCCGGAGGACGAGUAUCUGGCUGACGACUGGUUGGAUGACGAUCUGGGGGAGAUGCAGCCAAAGAAAAAGAGGAGGCUUCACACGGAUCCUAACAGACCCAGAAGGGAAGAGGCGGCUUCAUCUUCAGCUGCUAGAAAUCAGAACCAUCAUUUGAACUCUGACGCAUCCUGCAGCGGCUCUGUGUUCAGCUCCUCCAGCCGGAGUCUCUGUCUGAAGAAGAACGGCUCACUUAAGCCUCGUCAGGUGAAGAUGACUCAGAUGCCAGGGAUGGUGAGGUUAGGCUCCAGAGAGGUCGGCAGGUCAAGCAGUCCGUCCAUUACAGACGAUGAAGACACGAGACCUGAGACUCCUCCGCAGAUGAUCUACCAGCCCUUAGCUCGCUGUCCUGCUGCUCCUGCACAAGGAGCCCCGCCCCCACCAAUCAGGAUGAGGGUCAGAGUGCAGGAUGACGUCUUCCUCAUCCCUGUUCCCCAGAGUGAGGCAGACUCCUGCACCGUGUCGUGGCUCUGUGAGCAAGCAGCCCAGCGUUACUACCAGAAGUGUGGCCUGCUGCCUCGCCUCUCGCUGCAGAAGGAAGGGGCCUUGCUCUCUCCACAGGACCUGUUGCUGGCUGUGCUGCACACCAAUGAAGAGGUUCUGGCUGAGGUUUCCUCCUGGGAUCUCCCUCCCCUCCCUGAGCGCUACAAGAGGGCCUGUCAGAGUCUUGCAGUGGACGAGGAUAAACGCCUGACCCGGCUGUCUGAGGUCCAGGAUGGGAGCUCCUCUGUGUCAGUAUGUGGCCUCAGCUUGGCCGCCUCCCCCCUCAGCCCGCUGCUACGUGCCCUCAAACUUCAGGCCAGCCUCACUGAGCUGCGCCUUUCGGGAAACCGGCUCUCAGACGGCCUGGUCCCCGAGCUGGUCGCCACAACCAUCACCAUGCCCCGCCUCCGGCUGCUCGACGUUUCUGCCAACUGCAUCACAGGGGAAGGGCUGGAGAAGGCUGUGGACGCUCUGAAGGGACUCAGUCAUCCUGCCUUCCCGUGCCUGGAGGAGCUCGAUCUGAGCCUCAACCCUCUCGGAGACUCGGUGUCCGAGUCGCUGUCCUGCCUGUUGUCCGGCUGCCCUUUGCUCUCCAAGUUGUCUCUGCAGGCCUGUCGCCUCACAGCCCGUUUCCUUCAGCAACACAGGCUGCUGCUUGCUGGCGCUCUGACAGGACUUGGCCACCUAAAGUCAGUAUCGCUGUCCCACAAUGCACUGGGCUCCACGGGCUUUGAAUUGGUCCUGAAGACUCUGCCCAUGCAGACUCUCACACAUCUGGACCUGUCAGCUGUCAGCAGAGGUCCUGCUGACUUCCCCGCCCUAGAACAUCUCACCAAGCUUCUGUCUCAGGACGAGUGCUCUCUGAGCCACCUGAGUCUGGCGUCAAACGGACUGACGGACAGCAGUGUGGCUGUCUUGGCCAGGUGCCUUCCUUUGUGUCCAACCCUGAUGAGUCUGAACCUGUCAGGGAACCCGUCUGUGACCUCGGCGGGUCUCCACAGCAUCCUGGCGUCCAUGAGAGAUGCUUCUCGACCGCUGGCCCUUCUUAACCUUCAGGGGUGUCAGGUGUCUGGUCCUUGGAUCCAUGAGGAACUGGAAGAUUUGUCUGAACUGGUGCAGGAUCUUCGGCUUUGCUCCCAGGGCUUAAAUAAGAUGGACAGAGACGCCUUAAAGCAGAGUUGGGACCAGAAACUCCAAGAUGGACACUUUGUGAACAGAAACGGCAGGUUUCUGCUCUCUGCAGCAGCACCAUCAUCAUGAGGAGGCAUUAAUCCACUAAAAAUGGACGUCGUCUGUAAAUAUCUACUUGGAUUAUUUUAUAUCCAGCCUGUGUGUGUGUUAGUAAGUGUUGUUUUGUUUGUCCCUUAAAUA